AUGGAAAUGAUGGUUUCAGAUUGUGAACAACAAAGGAAGAUAGAGAUUAAGGCAGGGGAGACUGGAAAGCGGGGACCUGACAAAUUGGGAGUGAAACAAGAUAAAAACAUUGGUAAUGAAUCUUUGACAUGUGAGAAAGAGAACAGCAAGAGAAUGUCAGAGAUUUGGCAUGUUCUGAAGAAAUCACUUCAUUGCAGAUCUCAUUCAUCAGAAGUUCAUGAUCCCCAGGCAAAAAGAAUAGAUCAGAGAAAAAAGGAUGAGAGAAAUAAAAGACAGUCAAAACACCAACUUAGCCAUGAAAUUUUCCUUGAUAGAUAUAGUGGUGAGAUUAAGAUUUUUCCAUGUUAUCCUACAGAAGAACCUCCUUCUCAUUCUCCAGCAAAAUCCAAGCUAACUAUAGUUUCAUCAGAAACACUUUGUGUUGAUUGUGAUGAAUGUGUUGUUUUCUCAAAGAAAAAGGUUCCAGUGAAAGAUUCUAAUGAUCCCCCAAUAUCAGCACGUCAUCGUGAAUGUGAAGACAAAAUCAAAUCUAGUGACACUGUUGAAGAACAGGGAAAUUUCCAUCUACAUUCAGUUUCAUGUGAGAAUCUUUGGAAGAUUUGGAAGAAUAUUGAUGUCACUUUUGUAACUUUGGCAGGGAUUGAACAUUCUCUUGACACUGUAUCUGGUUUAGUGAUCCAACUUGAGAGAGAAGAUUCAUCGAGUAAGAUCAUCGAACAAAUAUGCGAAGGUAACUUAACGGAAAGCAAUGCAACAGAGAUUGAAUGUGUUAUGAGAGUGCAGAGCAAGCAAGAAACGUUUGCAUGGUAUGAGGAAUGUAGGGAAUUGGUAAGGGUGAAAGCCAAAAACCUAGAAAAGGAGCAGCCGAGAUGCUUGGUUGAUGGAAAUGAACUGCUCAGAUUUCAUGGCACAACACUUGCAUGUUCACUUGGUUCAAACGCUUCCUCUUCUACCCUUUGCACUUUAGACCACUGUGGUGUCUGUCAAAUUCUGAAGCAUGGUUUUUACUCCAACCAAGAACUAUUUAAUGGUGCACUUGGGGUUUGCACCUCUUCUAGCAGUGCAAAAGCUAUUCAUUCAAUUUGCUCACCCAAUAACAAAUCUGUGACGAGAAAAUGUGUUAUGCUGUGCAGAGUGAUAGCUGGGAGAAUCCAUAAUCCUCUACAAGAGAUUGAGGAAAUCACUCAUACUGGGUUUGAUUCUUUGGUAAAGAAAAUGAGAGACCACUCAGAGAUUGAAGAACUCGUUGUGUUAAAUCCUAGAGCUGUGCUCCCUUGCUUUUUGGUAAUCUACAAUCUUUGA